AUGUUUGCUCUAUCUUUUCUUCAGCACUUCACUAUACUAUUAGUACUAAUAUACUUGUUCUUUUUGCUACGAAUCUUAAUUAAAUCCAUUUCUUAUGGAUCAAAUAAUAAUAAUAAUGACAAUAAGUCGUAUCCAUUAAUUGGAUGCCUUAUUUCGUUUCAUAAGAAUAGCCAUCGGCUAAUCCAUUGGUUUACGGACCUUCUUCGUUUGUCGUCGUCACAAACGAUUGUUUUGAAUCGAUUUGGUCGUAAAAACCAAAUGAUUGUGACCGCAAACCCUAAAAACAUCGAACACAUGCUCAAAACAAACUUUGAAAAUUACCCGAAAGGAAGACCAUUCACGGACCUCCUUGGGGACUUUUUAGGAAUGGGAAUAUUUAAUGUUGAUGGUGAGUUAUGGACCACGCAACGUAAAUUGGCUAGCCACGAGUUUAGCGCAAAAUCGUUGCGAGAGUUUGUGGUUAGUGUUCUUGAAGAAGAAAUAGCUAUAAGGCUUAUACCGUUGCUCGAGAAGGCGUGCCAAAACGAUGAGGUUUUGGACAUGCAAGAUGUGUUUAGAAGGUUGGCUUUUGAUACCAUAUGUAAAAUCUCCCUUGGAUGGGAUCCAUGUUGUUUGGAUUACUCCAGGUCCGUCUCGCCGCUAGCAUCAGCAUUUGAUGCAGCGGCGGGAGCCAGCGCAGUGCGUGGCAUUGCGCUGGCUAGCUGGGUGUGGAAACUUAAAAGGUUUUUAAAUGUUGGAAGUGAAAGAAAGUUGAAAGAAGCUCUGGGAGUUGUGCAUCAUUCAGUAAAUGAUAUAAUCCGUGAAAGAAGAGAACAAAUGGUUGGAAAUGACAACCAAAGAGAUUUGUUAUCAAGAUUUAUAUCCGCGGGGCAUGGCGACGAGCUCGUGAGAGACAUGGUGAUAAGUUUUCUAAUGGCGGGAAGAGAUACAACUUCCGCCGCGAUGACGUGGCUCCUUUGGUUGCUGACAUGGCACCCUACUAUUGAAAAAAAUCUUAUAAAAGAUGUUACAUCCAUAUUAAAAGAUGAGAAAAGUUUUUCAUUAACCUUUGAUGACUUGAAAAAAAUGGACUAUUUGAAGGCAUGUUUGUGUGAAUCCAUGAGGCUAUACCCACCGGUUGUAUGGGACUCGAAACAUGCCGAAAAUGACGACGUCUUACCGGACGGGACGCCGGUUUACAAAGGGAACCGGGUGAUGUAUUUCCCAUAUGGUAUGGGAAGGAUGGACACAUUGUGGGGAAAAGAUUGUAUGGAGUUUAGACCGGACCGGUGGUUUAGUGAACCGGGAGUGUUCAAAAUGGAAAGUCCUUACAAGUUUCCGGUUUUUCAAGCCGGUCCAAGGGUUUGUUUAGGAAAAGAAAUGGCGUUCAUGCAGAUGAAAUAUGUGAUGGCUUCGGUUCUUAAACGCUUCGAGUUUGUACCGGUUUGUUUGGGCGAACCGGUUUUUGUACCGAUGUUAACAGCUCACAUGGAUGGUGGGUUAAAAGUUAGGGUACGUAGAAGGAUUGGCAUUAAUUAAUUUGUGAAAUAUACAAGAUAGAAGUUAUCUAUAUCUAUAUAUCUAUCUAUACAUAUAUAGUUUGUUUUUGCCAUUGAAUGAUUACUUUUAAUCAAUAUAUACAAUGGUUAGUAUACAUAUGAAAAAAUAUAUAUAUAAGUUUUUUGUAAGUACGUUGUACGUAGUAGUGCUUUUAUUCAAUACUAUAUUGUUUAUUUGUA